AUGACAUGGCUCGGCUGGCUCGCUACGACGGUCGACGCCUUCACGUGUGGCCCCGUGCCAAGCCCGACUCCCAAGCCGCCAUGGCUGGUUCGACUUCACAAGGUUACCAAGCCGUUGACCCUGACGACGCCCGCCGAAGCCCGACGACAUCGUGCCCCGCCAAGGACGCGCUUGCAGCUACCGACCCGCCACCUGGGCGUCGAGGAAAACUUCUACGAGGCGCCUGCUGCCGUUGCCGCCGCAGCCGAGCUCCGGCUACCCGACGCUAUCUUACCCAAGUACGCCGACUUCGUCUACCAAGUGAUGCUCCGCGCGGUCAAGUUCCGCGCACAUUUGCACUGGCUCGACAGGGCCGACCAAGCGUGCCUCUUCUGCCCCGCGCACGAGACGUACCGCCACUUCCUCGUAGACUGCGACUUCAUCAAGGACGUGUGGAGCACGCUUCACGCCGUCACGGUCCCUUUGGGUGUGACCUUGCCGACUACGCUCUCCGGCUACCUCUACUCGACGCCAAAGACGGC